CUUUUAUAAGUAAGAGGCCUGGCACAGAUGGUAGCAGACUGGGACAAAGACAAGAGUAGCAUAAGUGGCAAGGUAAAAGCAAACCAGCAAUCUGAGAUCAUGGCAUAUUGCUACAGAACAGCAGAAGCUGAUGAUGACACACAGCUAGUUGACUUGUCCUUAUGUGAAUGGGAGCCAGAAAACCUUGAGAACUUGGAAUCAAAGAGUGGCUUCUUCUUCGACGUGGACAUGGCACAAGAGAAAAUGGAACUAGACUUGGAGCUGCUGCCAACUUCAGCCACCACAGACAACACGCUGAGAAGAUCCAACAGCGCCCCUUUGAUCAAUGGGCUUGGUGAUAACUCACAGGUGUUCCAAGGUGACACAUUAACAACUCGAAGAAAUAGCACAACGUUUAUGACACAACAUUGUCCGGCCAAUGUGAAGCCAUUGAAGAAUUCUAAAUAUGUGAUUGACAUGACCAGAUUCACAUCUUUGAGAGAUGGCUGCAGAGUGUUUUUGCCACCUCCUUCCAUCCCCACUCCCAUGUGUGGUUCCUUUGGUCACCUUCAUCAAAUCAAACAGGAAGAAGGUAUGGAUUUAAUAAAUAGAGAAGCAAUGCAUGAAUGGAAGGUACAAACUGCAAUACAGAUAAAUCGGUCUUGGGAAGCAAGUUUGAACCUGAGUGACGGUGAUUUAGAGAAACCAUCUUCAAAGUGCAUCGAUUUAAUUCCAGUAUCCCCAGCAACUUCUCCUACCAGGGGAAUUGGGAAGCAAUGUUUGCCUCCAUCGUUACAAACUUGUGUGGGUUGCACCACUUUGCCUCCAAGUCCUAUUCCUAAUCCUACACAACGAUUUACAGUAAGAAGUCAAAGCCCCAACAACACUAUUAGACCAAGUAUCUGUGGACCUUUAAAAAGAAAAGGUGAAAUAUUUGAAGAUCAGCCAAAGAGGAGUUUCUAUGGCACAACCAACGUGGUUUCUUCUGAUACUACCCAACAGUCUGAUAUGAAUGUGACAAAGCAGAGUGCACAGAGAUCUUUUGAAUUCUGUUAUGGACAACUGGCACUUUCUUCUCCAAUCUUCAGAUAUUCUUGAUAGAAACAUUAGCAAUACAGUAUCUUCUUGUAAUUUAUCAGUUAGAAUCAACACUGUCACAAUCUUCCAUAUCAUCUUCUGAUUCCGUUCUCCAUUUGUUUUAGUAGAUGAACUUUCAACUAAGUGAUUCACCCAUCCCAAGACUUUCUCACCAGUGGAGAAACACAUUUGUUACUCUCUCUCUCUCUCUCUCUCUCUGUCUCUCUCUCUCUCUCUGUCUCUCUCUCUCUCACACACACACACACACACAAGUUAGAGCAACUAUUUAUUACCUUAUUUUCUCAAGUUUCUAAAAUUCUGUUUAUCUAUAGAAUUUGCAUAUCUAAUUCCUCUGUAUGCCCUUAAAAGCAAUAUAGUGAUACUUUCAAAGAUGUUUUCCAAAUAAGAACUAUAUUGAAGAUAAACCGUAUAUCUUCAAGCUGCUAGUGUGUAGACACAUGCUGCACCUUGAUUUUUAAAGACAUAAUUGAGAACUCUAUUUAUUUACAUGAAUAAGUAGAUAAAAUUAUACAUUCUGAUGAAAUAUAAUUGUUCCAUUUAAUAAAUAAGUGAAAUAAUGUUUAGAAUUAUGUUGCUGAAUGCCCAUGCUA